AUGUCUGUUCUGUUUGCUAAUCAAACUUGUUACAUCGUCACUUCCGAGACACCCACGCCUUUUUUUUUUAUUCUCUCCCUCGCUUUUUGCAAGAUUUGUAUUUUUCUUUGCAGCUGUCAUUCGAGUUGCAGCUGCCGAGAAGGAAACAAAUCUUGCAAACCUUUUGUAAAAAUAUCUCCAAGAAGUGCCUUACGCCUUUAUAACGGUUGCCGAUUUCAAGUUAGGAUUUUUUUCCAACAUUAUCCCAUCUUGAUUAUCAUGCCUUUCUAUGCAGUGAAAAGAGGACGAGUUCCCGGUGUUUAUGAAUCAUGGGCUGAGUGCCAAAACCAGAUAGAUGGUUAUGCUGGUGCAAAGUUCAAGAAAUUUGCUACUGAAGAAGAUGCUUAUUCUUUUGCUGAGAUCCCCAUGGAAAAGAAUUCAAAAGAUGCCAGUUGUGAAGUGACAAAGAUUUUUGGAGAGUUAAUGUCAAAGUUUGAGGGCAAAGUUGCUGAACUCUCAUCUUUAAGUGAGUCUUUGGUCUCUGCAUUAAGUAAACUUGACAAGUCAGAAAUCAACUUGGCAUUUACUGAAAUGGUCACCAACCUUGAUGCAGGUGUGAACAAGUUGAAAACCAACACAGACCUUGCUGUUCAUUCUAAAUUCAUGGAAACUGUUGGCAAGAGAAAGUCUGAUGUUAGUGGAACUGAUGCACAGCCUGAGAAAAAGAAGAAAGCUGUUUUGGAACCACGGUUUACAGGUGAGAAAUUUCUAUAG